AUGUGGAAAUUAUCUCAUAUAUUUAUCUUCAUUAUUAUUUGUUUUAUUAAAAUUGUAUAUAAUCAAUUAAUCAUACAACCAGCUGAAUCAAUUGUUUCACGUAAUCAAUUUAAACCAUUUAUUGCUUUAUGUACUGGACAGAAAAAUACUCGAGUUGCUACCUGGCAAUCUCCAUCACAAAUUGAUAUUGAAAAAGAUAGUAAUGCAAGAAUAACAGUAGAACGCAAAAGAGAUGGAUUACGAUUACGUAUACGAAAUUUAACACAAAAUGAUCAAGGUAUAUGGAAAUGUUUAGGCUUCGAUCAAGAUGAAAAAUCAUUUUCGAAUACUUUACAAAUUGUUGUUAAAAUUCCAAUAACAUUUAUAAGUGAACCAAUUCAAUAUGCUGAGUUAAAUUCUACUGUAUUAAUCAAAUGUCGAGUAAUAUCAAAUCCAUCUGCUGAAAUUUCAUGGUUUAAAGGACAAAAUCGAAUGGAACUUUUAUCAUCAAAUUAUGAACAAAGAAAUGACGGAUUAAAAAUUUAUCGAGUUUCAUCAAUAGAUAAUGAUAUUUUUUGGUGUCAAGCAGAUGUUACUGAAACUGGUGAAUCAAAAGAUUAUCAAAUUCAAGUUGUACUUGCUCAAGCCAUAACAUCUUCAAAAAUCACUUGUUUAUCACCAUGUGCUGUUGAAAAACGAACAGCUACUUUAAUUUGUGAAGCAACUGGAGUACCACCACCACAAUUUUCAUGGUUUUACGGACAGAAUGAUAAUUUAAUUGUAAAUGGAGUAUCGAAAUAUAUUGUUCGUGGAAACCGAUUAAUUAUAAAUUAUGUUGAUCAAACAGACAAUGGUCGAUAUUCAUGUCAUGCAUUUAAUGAUUUUGAUCAAAAAGGACAAAAAACAGAAUAUAUACUUAAUGUUAUAAUUCCACCUCAUCUUUCACCCAUCCCUCAAAUAGAAAUUAACAUUGAUGAAAAUUUUCCAUCAAAACAAGUUGGCUUUACUUGUCGUGUUGAACGUGCUUCAAUUGAAAGUCUUUCUGUAGAAUGGCUUUAUGCUAAUAAUACACCCGUACAAGCGAUCAAUGGUAUAUCAAUUGAUACUACUCAAUUGAUAAAGCAACGUUUAAUUGAACUAAAUUUUAAUCCUAUACGUCGGGAACAUCAUGGAAAUUAUACAUGUUUAGCAAAGAAUUUAGCUGAUGUAACAUCAACUGUUGCUCAACUUAUUGUUAAAUAUAAACCUAUAUUUAUUGAACCAAAGAUGAUUUAUGUAUAUAGUGUACCCAACUAUCACACAAUAAUGAAAUGUCAAAUCGAUAGUUAUCCACCACCUAUUAUUCAAUGGGUAAAAAUGGUACAAGGACAUGAUAUAAAUCAAGUCAUUUUAACAGAUACUGAUCCGCAAGUAAUUGAUAUUUUUACUAAACAAAUUGGCUCAACACUUUAUGAAACAGAAUUGAUAUAUAAUCCAUCAGAAGAAGAUUUUGGUUUGAAUUUUGAAUGCCGAGCCAAUAAUUCUCGUAUUGAAGAACAUUCAAUAACUCUUCAACGUGCUGAACCUCCACGACCAGUACGUGUACCUGAAGUCAAACCAAGUUCAAAUACAAUCGAACUUAAUGUCCAACCACCGUUAGAUUUCGGUGGUCUUCCUCUACUACAAUAUAUUGUUAAAUAUGAACAGAUUGAUGUUCCUAAUUCACUCAAAACAAUAUCCUUUCCAGUUGUAUCAAAUCAAUCACAAACAAUUGAAAUCAAAUCUCUUCAAGCAGCAAGUGUAUAUCGAAUUCAAGUAGCUGCUGAAAACCAUGCAGGACAAAGUGUUUUUUCGAUACCUAUUCAAGCAAAAACAUUCUCUGGAGAAGUUCCACAAUUUAAUUUAUCAAAUACGUCAUGUCUUGAUUAUAGAUCUUGUUUAAUUAAGUGGUUUAUUCAAUAUGAUGGUGGUUCGGCAAUUUCGCGAGCCGAAAUUUUUUAUGCUACAAUUCAUGGUGCUAAUAAAGUAGGAAAAUGGAGUAAGCCAAUUCGUAUUGAAUCACAUGCAACUGAAUAUGAAUUGAAAGAACUUAAGCCGAAAACAAAUUAUUUAAUUGUUGUUCGUCUAUUUAAUACAGCUGGUCAUAGUGAAGAAAAAAUUCGAAUAACAGCAAAUUUAAUUUCUGAAUGUAAAACUGGUUGCCGUCCAAAACCAAGUAUCUUGAUUAUUAUAGGAAUAAUAGCUGCUAUUAUUAUGGGUGCUAUUAUUAUCUUUGUUUUAUUGAUCCUAAAUCGAGUGCUACUAACACCUUAUAGUUAUCGAAAUCCAUAG